CAGGGGUGGACUGACCAUUUGGAAACUCGGGCACUGCACGAGGGCCCGGGGUCAGUAGGGGGUCCCAUGAGAUGCCCCUGGUACCUUUUUCAUAGGCUUUUUUGAGCUUGGGCAAGGACACAGGGGCCCCAUGAUCCCCUAUUGCCCGGGGGCCCCAUGAGUUGUCAGUCCGCCCCUGGUUGCCUAAUAUCUUUUAUUGCUGCACUUGGCACCACCCCUCUUUUUCCACAACAUUUGGCCAGUAGAACAAUACAAAAU